GCAAAAGCUGAUUCAAGGAAGGGUUGUAGGGUGUCGUUCGAUUAGAAACGUCAUAUUGAGAUUAGGCCAUCUUCGCUCGUGCUUUGGAGCGCAAAGUCUUAACUACGAACCUCCGCUGGACUCUAUUUUUGGCAGUUUUCUCUAAAUCCAACUGACGGUCUUCUGCCGAGCUCAUCAAAAUGUUACCUCCACUACGUCGCAAGACAAACGAUCUUGUAAAGGUGGCAUUUAUUUUAUACGAUUGAAAUUUAGGUUUGAGUUUUUCUUUUGUUGCCGAGAUUUGACAUACAUUCUUAGUAAGUUUGUGUCAUUCUCUGGCGCUCGACGAUGGUCGGAUCUUUAAAUGCAUAUAAUGAAUUCACACAUGAUCAGAAAAAUGGUAAAAGACUUUGUUAACAGUCACAUGUUACUGAAAAUGUCCCAAGUCGUAUUUUUUUACUCGUGAUAUGCAUUGUAAGCAUGCUUUGCAGUUUUUAUCUGUCCCCCCUAGAAGGUCUUCGCAGAAUCUGAUAAGGACAAAACAUUUGCACAAAUGGGAGGGGUGACAAUGCCAGAAGAAAAUGUUUUUUGAUAGGCUUUCUAUUGAAAUUUAGGAAAAUGUACGCUGUGCCUGAGAUCUUCACACUAGAUCUUGCCAAAAAUGCCAGGAAAUCUUGGCGAGCUCUGAUAAGAAUGGUACAGCUGUGCGAAUGGUAGGGUGGCCAUCAACUCGUUGAAAAUAGAGUAGCACUUUGUUGUCAGCAUUCGAUUGAACUUGAGGAAAGUUAACAUAGCAUCACUUCCUCUGAAGACUAAUUUAAAGCUCCACCCACACGUGCAAACGGUGCGAUCAAUUAACAAUAGGACCACUUGAUAAUGAAAGGAGUGCCUGUGCCUGUGCGUUGAACAAACCACACAAGUAUCGCAAUUCUAUGAGUUCUUUUUUCUGUAGCAAUUAAAGGUUUUAAAUUGCGCGAUAAAAGUACGCGAUAAAAGAUGAAUUUUAACAUUCACUCUGAAAAAGUAUUUCACUAUUCACACCGUUUGUAUUGUUAGAUUCUCUAAAUCGGGGUUUCGCGUAUCUUAUUUUAACUGUUGAAUUCCAUUUAAUACAGUUGUAACGGGCCUACCUUACGUUCAUUUUUGAUUAUAAUUGUUUUAGUGAAAUAUAGGUGUACCUAGGGCCAUCCUGCAGGAAGAAACACCCCAAAGCCGCUCUUCCUUUGACACCGCAAAUAUUGUAUAUUUCACUGAAUACACUUUUUCACACUUUCAUUUUUGGAUUUAUGCAAUACUUAUCUUGCGUUUAAAUGCGUUCUUGGUCUUAGAGGCCUUAGAAUGGUAGUCGAAGCUUGUGAUUUUAAUAGAUUUUGAUAAGGGAAAGAUUUUAUUUAAGACGAUAUCAUUGAAUUUAGGGUACAUCUCCAAUUGACCCAGUCGGUAAACCCAAUCAUUCUUCACGCAGACGAUAGCUACAAUGAACGUUAAUUUCCAAAAGCUCUCUCUAGGUUACCGACGAAGGAAUAAUUUGAAACAUUGGUUUAUUCAGCCAUUAAUUCCACCGAAGUUCCUUCUCACAUAAAAUUCAGUCUUCCCCUAAAUGCUAGAUUGUUUCUCAAAAGUUGAUCAGGUGUUUGCACACGUCAUUAAAUUUCCUCACAAUUUGGUCGCAAUUACCAAUUUGCAGGACGAAUCUGUUAGCCUUUAAGCUAGAGCUUUCGUUUUAUUUGAAGUACAAUUUGCCAAUUCUGAUUGGGUUUAAGAAAGGAACAAAGAAUCACAAAGAAAGAAAAAAAUUAUUGCAGUUUGAUAUUAGAGCUAAUAAAAGAAGAUCCCAGAUCAAAGAGCAAGGAAGGCCUUUAAACCUGACAAAUUUUCCUAUCCUGUGAAUAAAAGACCAUGCAUUCUUCGGAAUAAUAUAGGAAGCAAUCCAAACCUACUCCUUUUGUUAUGGGGUCUUUCACUUUUGUACCUCAAUUCAGCUAACAAUGUAGUACAUGAUUUCUUAAAUUAAAGCGGUUGCGAAGCCAUCACUAACAAUGCAUUCUACCAAAAUAAUGAAAUAAAAUAUCGCCUCAGUUUAUAAAGCAGCCAACUGCCCUAAAGCUAAAUUCACGAAGCUGGUGUAUAGUGAAAAAGGUGGAAAGCAAUGUUUACAAUUUUAAAAAAAUCGCUUUUAAUCGAACAGCUAGAAGCGGAGCCUAAAAUUGAAAAUGUUAUUUACUUUUAAUUCUCAGAAAUAAGAAGAUUAAAUGCCAGCGUGCAAAGGCUUAAAAUGUUACUUAGAUUCAGCUUUUAAAAUCAAACAGACUUCAACUUUUUAUAAUAAUGAACGUGUAAUAACCGCAGUUGUCAGCAUAGAAACUCCUCAUAAUGUAUACAGCUAGCACUUCUAUCAUUGAACAAAAUCAAUUUAACUUAAUCCUGUUUAAUCUUGUGGGCAGCUGGUCAGGUCGGCAUUUGGGCAGUAUUAAAGAAAACUUUUUUCAACAUUUAGAGACAGAAAAGGUUGGAAAUUAAGUGUAAGUAAAAGCUUAAUUGACCCGCUGUAUUUGGUCCAGCACACAGCUGUGCUAGUCGACAUGUAGGUAAUUUUACAAAAAAUCACUCUUCGCUCCGUUUUGACGAUAAACAAAAGGAAAGAAAGCUUUAAGGAAUAACAUUAAAAGGUUGGAAAUUAAGUGUAAGUAAAAGCUUAAUUGACCUGUAUUUGGUCCAGCACACAGCUGUGCUAGUCGACAUGUAGGUAAUUUUACAAAAAGUCACUCUUCGCUCCGUUUUGACGAUAAACAAAGGGUAAGGAAAGCUUUAAUGAAUACCAUUAAAAAGAACGAAUAUUUGUUCAAUUUUUCGCUUUCUCUAGCCAUGGGUGUUAAGUCUGAUCUGUUAAUGGCUCUCAAUGAUUAAAAUUCACAUUAACGGAAUGAAAUAAAUGUUCCUGAUCUAGAAAGCUUUUACAUUCGUCCUUGAGCAUCGCAAGAUGAUGUUCCUAGUUUUGCUACUGUUGGGGACGUCUGUUUCAGGACAACAACCGUGUGGCUUCACGCCCAUCUCUCAGUCACGUGUCAUUGGAGGCCAAGAUGCGAAGCCUGGAGCUUGGCCUUGGCAGAUCGCGUUACAACGAUAUAACCGUUUUAUUUGUGGAGGAUCGCUCAUUUCUGCCAAUUGGGUAGUUACCGCUGCCCAUUGUGUAGCAGGCAGCUCAAAUCCUGCCAAUUACAGAAUAGUCGUUGGUGAUCACAACCGAAAUGCUAACGAGGGAACUGAAGAGUCGGUUGGCGCCAAGCAAAUCAUUUCUCACCCCGAAUACAAUCGACCUGGUAGACUCAACAAUGACAUCGCCCUGAUUGAACUCGCUAGGUCUGUGAAACUCUCUGUCAGGGUGAACCCUGUGUGCCUGCCAUCUAGCGACUCAGAUGUACCUACGGGAUCAAAAUGCUACAUUACAGGCUGGGGAAAGAUUAGACAUCCUGGAGCUUCUCAUCCUAUUUUACAGCAAGCCAUGAUACCGCCUAUUGAUCCAGCAAAGUGUCGGCAGAAGAUUCAAGCAAGUGGAGUUUCAAUACAGUUGACUCGGCAAAUGUUGUGUGCCGGCGUGGAAAAUUCCAUUUUAAGUGGUUGCCAUGGUGACAGUGGAGGCCCGUAUGUCUGCUUGAAUGGGGAUGGGACAUACACCUUGCACGGUGCAGUAAGCUGGGGUUCUUCCAGAUGCGAUGCUAAACAACUUUUUACUGUGUUUGCCCGGGUGACCCAGUACCGAGCUUGGAUCAAACAGCACACUGGGUUAAGUGGAGGAGGAGGUUCACCGCCACCAGUGUCUCCUGGUAAGAUAAAUAAUUAUACAAAUAAAAAGGAAGAUGGUCUAUAAAUCUCUUCACAAACUUCUCAACCUAAACCACUCACUAUGAAAACCAAGGCUAACGCUAUGCUAAGUUAUCUCUUAACAGAAAUACCAUUUAGAUUCGGAUCUUUGAAGCUUUGUAAGAUGUAAUCAAUUGACUUUUUGUGCCAAGGAGUGAAACGCCCACGAUGUGUGCUACACACCCAUUUAGCUGAUUCGAUUUAUUGAAAAACAAUUUAAGAGAAACUGAUAUUUAGGCAAGAAAAAGAAUGAAUGUUUCACAGUUUAUGGGGAAGCGCUCUAAGACGAUGAAAUAACGUAAAAUAAUUAACAUUCUUCUGAAAAACAUUACUGAAAGUCUAAGCAAAGAUACACAAAAAUCAUUGAUAAUAUGAUGAAUCCAAUGCAAAAAUACUUGAAAUGAGUUCCAUGCUAAGUUUGGAAAAAUCAAGGAAAUGAAUGCAUCAAUAUCUCGCAACUUCAAGUCGACGCGCUCUUAGGUAAUAAAAAUGCGACAUAUUAUCAUUCUUUGUAAAAUAGACCAUUACCCAGGAUAUAGUGAGCUCUUGAAAAUUCAGCUUCGAUUUUGCGUUGUGAUAUAGAUCAACUUUAUUUGUGGUUUUUGUCUGUUUGUUUGAUUUUUGUUUACAUAACCAGAGUGUUCAGAUUACCAAGUCCUCAGCGAAAGAGACCGCAACACAG